CACGUGUGAUUUGUGUUCUCAUUCAGGCUGACGUUUACCACACGCAUCAAGUCGUGCGUGCAAACUAAGUUCCAGCGGAGAAUAUGAUUACCUUCGCCUACGACGAUAUUGCAAACAAUCCCAAAAAUCCGUUUAAAGGCAAAGUUUUCCAUGACUACAACCACGUUGAUGUCUACAAUGGUGUGAUAAUUGACUACCGAGGAAAUGAUGUCACACGAGACAACUUCGUGAGAGUAUUAAAAGGCGAUAAGAAACUUGAAAACAACAAGAAGAAGGUGCUGAAAAGAAAUCCGUUUAAAGGCAAAGUUUUCCAUGACUACAACCACGUUGAUGUCUACAAUGGUGUGAUAAUUGACUACCGAGGAAAUGAUGUCACACGAGACAACUUCGUGAGAGUAUUAAAAGGCGAUAAGAAACUUGAAAACAACAAGAAGAAGCUGUAUGGGAUGGAGUUGAACGAUACCCUCGCCUACAUGCAUUCGAAUAAAAAGUUCAACAAAUUGGUGCUGUACGUGGAUGCUUGCUACUCUGGCUCUAUGUUUCGCGAUAUUCUUCCUUCAAAUAUGGGAAUCUACGCGACAACAUCAGCCAAGGAAGAUGAAGGUUCCCAUGCUAUUUUUUGUAUGGACGAGGAAAUCGAUGUUUGUCUAGCGAACGAAUACUCGUUUCACUGGAUUGUAGAUUCGGAAUUCAAAGACCUAAAAACGCAUACGCUAGAGGAACAAUACGUGGGAGUAAAGAGGACUACAAUGUUUAGCCACGUGAUGAAAUACGGUGAAAUGACGAUGGGAAGUCUCCCAGUUGGAAAGUUCCAAGGUCAUUAUGACCUACUGAUACACCGGAAUGAUGGGGCGAUAGCACCAAAUGCUGUAGAUAGAAAGCCCUCCUGCCAGGCGCAUUUGUUAUCAAGGUAUCGACGCUUGAUGCAGGCCGCAACCGAGGAAGAACACGAAACUGCUUGGCGAAAGCUGCACCGUGCACUUCAGCUUGGCCACAUCGUCAAGAAUACGUUUCGUGACUUCGUCGAGGAUGUGACAACCCACCAUAAGCCGUCGCUGAAGGGCUUGUCCAAGAGGGAUGAGCUCAUGUGUUUCAAGGCAGUCCACGAGGUAGCCUUGCAUUCACCUCAGUUAAUGGAGCUGUGCAAAGCCGGAUACGAGGCUGAAACUCUCAUCGACUAUGUCCGUAACAUCUGUUCCUAA